AUGUUGAUUCGAUCUACAUUUGUACACCUCUGGAUUUGCUUUUGCCUUAAGAAGGACGUAAAAAGGUGAGCUCAAAUGAAUAAAUCUGUUUGGUGAAACGGGCCAUGUUUUCUGUAGAACAAUGAGAAUGAGAUUCCAGGUUGACAAUUGGCUGCUGUCUGGGGGUGGGAAAGGACUUUCUUUUUUUGUCCCUAAAGAUGAAGGGGACUUUUUACAGUAAUAAUAAUGGCCCAUUGAGAAAAUAUUUCACGCAUAAAAUUGUGUACGGCCAGUACGUAGGUGGAGUUCGCUAGGGUUUAUUCAUUUUCUUCAAACUAUUCAUAAACACAACAGUAUCCACAAAUUAUUGAGGGUAACAGCUUUUAGUCAUUUCAGGAUGAACUCAACUGGUAUAAUGAUGAUCUCUACAUUGUUGGUAGCUACAGUGUCAGUCGAAAUUGUUGGGACACUUUGCUGUCUUCUUGCCCUCCCAAUGUUGGUGUGCAAGAUUUGGUGAGUUAACUGCGAUAAACAACAUUGGGAGGACGAGGAGACUGGCCAGAAGCCAAAAAAACAGCGUUAGGUGGAAGUGUCCCAACUAUUUUUGUCUGAGAUAGUAGGGUUUGUGCAUUUUUUCCCUUCAAUUCCUCCAUUAUUAUUAUUAUUAUUAUUAUUAUUAUUAUUAUCUAUUAUUAUUAUCUACAUGUUAAAACCAUACACUGUCUUCAUCCCUUGUUGCCAGUGUUAGACUGUGCCUCAGAAAGACACAUUUAAUUUAAUUAGCACAUUGACGUAAAUUGUUGGACAUUAUGAUAGAUUAUGGCCGGGUUCAGAUGCCGCUCGUGUGCUGAACCUAACUGAUGAAUUAAAUACGGCAAAAGAGCGGCGUCUGAAUCAAUUUGGUUCGGCAGUUUUAGUUUGGUGCGGCAAAAGCGUUCAGUUCGACAGAGUCUGUCAAACUUUUGUCGAACUUAACUUAGGUUCGACACACGGUACGCCAUCUGAAUCAGAUGUUGCGCCAGUGUCACUCCAAAGUCGAACUUAUUCAGUUAGGUUCGGCACAUGAAAAGUAUGGCGUCUGAACCAGGCCUAAGUGUGGGCAAUAGAGUUGGAUAUUUUACUAUUGCCUUAUAAGGCAAUUUACAAGGAGGGAGGAGAGGGAGUAGGGCUUCUAAAGCAUUAAUGAACUACAUCUUUAAGUGAUCAAGAAUUUAAGAGAUAAUACCAUAAAUACUAGCAGAUAAGCAACCCCUUUACCACCAAGUUUCACUUGAAAUUGUCUAGCGUGAAGCUAAUUUUUGAGAACAUCUUGAAAGAAAUAGAUAAAUUUCUGUUAAUCACCCCUUCUCUCUCUCAAAAAAAAGAAAGUGAUCAGCAAUUGUUCUACCUAAUGAUAUAAAAGACUACUCUUUUUUCCAAAAUUGGGGUUUUGGGUCGAUAAACAAUCACUAUAAUUGCUUCUCCAAUAUUGCUUAAGACUUUGACAGAGUAUCUGCUGGUAUUAUGUAAAUAACUUAUAAGUAGCAUCAUUGAAUGUGUUCUGAGCAAUCUAAUAAUUGUCCAAUUUUGAAUUCUUAAUUCUGCUUCUACAUAUAUUUUGUUCAGUUCAUCAAAACCCAUGAAGCUGAAUGCAAGCAUCAAACUUCACUCCAAUUCUGCAUUGAAGCGUGAUUCAACAAAAUCACCUGUGAAGAAAUCUCCUUUGGACAAAAGCCACCACCCCCAUAAUACUGCCAUUAAAAAGGAAGCUAUAUCACCAGUGAGUUUUGUAAUUUUUAUUUUGCUCUGUACUCAGCCAAACAGAAGAAAAUUCAAAAUAAAAACUGCAUUGUACAGCAUGGAAACCUAUUAUGCUAUGGCCCUAUAAAUGCAGAACCAAAAAAGUGUAAGCCUGAGAAACAGCCAACAUUUUGCAAUAGCACCACUGGUAUGAUCCCCAUGAAAUGACACCUGAGGGAAGACUGCAGAAAUUCCAUACUGAUGACCUACAUGUAACAGUAUCACUACCCAGAUCUGGGUAGUGACCAUCAUUAGUAUGGAAUUUCUCUGCUCUUUCUCAAACAUAAUUUUGCAGGGAAACCAGUUGUGGUGUCGCAAAAUGGCCACUGUUUCCUCAGGCUUCGGAAGUGUAAGAAAGCAUCAGUCCCCUAACAGGAUUACAUCAGUCAAUAUUAUUAGAAUGAAAGGAGGGCAACAAUUGCCUUAGCAGUAAGGAGGUCACUACUGUAGCCAAGUAUGAAAAAAGGGCAUUAAAUUUAGCGAUUCAGGCAUUCUCGACCUCCUUAUGUUUAAAAAAGUUUGAACUUUUUAUUAACCACAGCAAAGCAGAUACUUUAAACUGUACAUGCCACUGUAUCAAUGUAUUCCUGCCUCAGAAAUCCCACUCUAGAGUACAGUGUAGCCACAGAUUGUCCUGGUAGUCAUCAAUUUAUUUGUUGAUUCUACCCUUUUUCAGGUAAAACAAUCACACCAUACAUCAGGCCAUGCUGAGAGUGAUGAUGAUGAUGACGUCCCCUUGGUAAGUUAUUUUAUUUAGAUAACAAAGUCUGAACAGGUGGAUCUGAUUAUCACGGUUGUCACUGAGAUGUUAUGUUGCUGGGUAAAUACAACUAGUAGUCAGGGAACCAAACAGCUAGGGGUUUCUUUUGCUUUUAUUUUUCUUCUAUUUUCCUUUCAAAGUAGCUGGGGACCACGUUUAUAGUAGCCGUAGGAAACCCCCGGCCCCUGCCUCUUAAUGACAGCUCUGGAUUAUUUUUAAUAAAUUUUACAUAAAAAACAUAGAACAAGUCCACUCUCUCCCUAGUUCUUCGCUAUAUUUGAUUCUCUUAGAAUUCAUAAGUGAGCUAUUACAAGAUCCUUAGGUUUUGUAAAACAAUGUGAGCUGAUUAAUCUCAUGUUCUCUUUUAGGCUGCCAGGGCCCAAAUAAAGUAAGUAUGUUGUAUUAUUCCUUAUCGCUUAUACCAUAUAAUUAUAUAGUUUUCUUAAUCAAAGUUGAAAAGAGCCUUUUCUCCAGACAGUUAAUUUACUGGACACUUAUGCCACUGUGAUUCAACACACUCUGACUAUUGUUUUUGACAUUGCAGUGGAUGAUAUGAUGUCCUCUUUUUUCAAGAAAUGUUUUAUAAUUUUUAACACUUUGCAUUAUUGAACAUGUUACAGGCAGGCAGAGGCGGAUAAGAUUAAAACUGAGAAGAAAGUUGCCACACCCAAACCAGCUAAAUCAGCAUUGAACAGUUCAGUGGAUGAAAUGAAAAAAGUGGUCAAAUCUGAUCAGCACGAAAAGGUGAAAAAUGGAAAACCUCUUAAACUGGAGAAAAAGAAGGAGAAGAAGGCAGCAGAUGUUGCAAAAAAGCAUGAUUCAGUGAAGAAGGAAAAAAAGUCAGAAGGAGGAAAGCCUUCAAAGAAGACAGCAGACAGUGAUGAUGAUGACCAACCUUUGGUGAGAAUAGACUUCUGAAUUUUCAGGUUUACUAGUCCUUAGCAUUUCAAGAUUGUAUAUCGUUAUCCACUACACAAUGUAGACCUUAGCAUUCACAGAUACAUUGCUUUCCAUUGGAUAAGGGUUAAAGAAGCUACUUUUGAAGCACCUGAGGCCUAAUUGAUCCAAAGAGAUCCCUUACAACAAGCAUAAGGGACACUACUUUCGAGGUUUCAGAGCUCUUUACUUGCAGGUUUUCAGCUGGCCUGCUGCUGUGCAUUGGCCUGUGGGUAUUAGCUAUCGAAUUUUACCACUUCAUCUUCCAGAAAAUGCUUGAGUUUAUUAAAAUCUAAUGAUAUUGAUUUUGGUUUUUACUUUCAUAUUGUUUCUGUGGAUGACUAUGACAGUCUGCUAGGUAUGUAUUUGUCUCUAAAUCUAAUACAUUUAAUUUAUUUUUGACUUUGAAGGGGCAAAAGAACUUAUUAAGUGUUUUAAAAAAAAUGAAUAAAAAUGAGCACUGUUCAUCAAAAAAAGCAUAUCAGAAGAAGGCACUAUAGGAAGGCGGCAUUCUGAAAUUCAGAUUAACCAUGUUUUUUUAUUUAUCUGUGACAAACACUGCCAGGGAAAAGUCAUAUGCUAUCAUGAUCAUUUCAUCUGGUGUGGCACCGAGGUGGGGAGGGGGUCGGAGGGUAGGGAGGAUAAGCUGAUGUUUGGCUAACCAAGCUGUACAAACAUUUGAUUUAUUCCCAGAGUUAACAAGACCCCCGCAAACAAGAAGCAAGUAAAACCAACAUCUAGUGGGUCAUCUGGUCAGAAGAAAGAUGCUGCAGCCUCGGUGUGUAAUUUUUUGUUUUUAUGUGCUUUUUUUGUUUCUUAAUGGUCAUAUAAAGGAGGAUACUCCCCUAUUUGGGGCCAGAAAAAUAAUUAUUAAAAACCAACAAACAUGUCAUUAACAAAAUAUUGUACAUGUACUACUUUAAACACUUUUAUAACAAAUGUUCUCCUUCACCAGCGCAAGAGAAAGAAGAGUGCAAGCAAUGAAAGUGACAGCGAUGAAGACGGUAAACCAUUGGUAAGAUAAAUUCUAUACAUAAGAGCUAGUGUGGAGUGUACGUGGUAAAUAAAGAUUGAAUGUACAGAAUUUCAUUUUAUGAUCCCCGUUUUAAUCAAUGACAACAGCGUCACACUUUCCCUUGCAUGGUUGGUACAAUCUUGGAAAGGUCUUGAAUUCUAGUAGUUGUCUUGAAAAGUUUUUGAUUCGGUUUAGGGCCUUGAAAAGUACUUUACAUGUAUUUCGUUAUUAGGUCCCUUGGCCCUAGGUUACAUGAAGGUUCCACUGUAUGGUGCAGUGAUAUCAAGGUACAGUCUGUAAAGUACAAUCCAUGGAUCAUGCUAAAUAUAAUUAUAUUAUAAUGCUUCAUUUCAGGCCAAGACUGCCAAGAAAAGUUCUAAACCAGCAAAGAAAGAGAAAACAAGUGGGUCAGCUAAAAAGAAACCCAAGGAAGAAAAGUCUGAAAAAGAGGUAAAUAAUUAAUUGUAGCUAUGCAUGUACAUGUGCAUGCAAGUAGAGUUUCAUAGGGCUGCAUGUUAAGUGAUUGCAUGGUGAACCCCUUCAAGGAUACUGGAAACUUGUAAAUGUGAUGUGAUUCCACAUUGAGGGAUGAAAAAUAUAACAUGUCUGAACAUCGGGUUGAUCAUCCAUUUGGUCUAAUUACAAUGACUGCACAAUAAGUUGUUAAUAAUUAUUAUCGUGGUCUUGACUCAUCUGAUGUUUUAUUAUUGCUACAAAGGAAAAGGGAAAAAAGAAGAAAGAAGAGGAAAAGGAAGUUUGGAAAUGGUAAGUUAACGAUGAUGCGCUCGCAGACUUUUUGUUUUGCUGAAAAUCAAAAAGAACAUGUUACAUUCAGCUGGGCAAAUAAAAGCUUGUAUGACAUUGACAAUUGUUCUAAAGUUGUGUUUGUGUAGUGUUUGGAAGCCCUCAAUGCCCCCCUCUGAAUGGGAGACUGCUCUCGAUCUCGAACUUGCCUGGAUCAUCUGGGAAAUGUGGCAGAAUGUUACAGUCAAUGUUGCAACUGUAUAGUUACAUUUACAUAUAAUAUCAUGUUGCAACAUCUAUAACAGACUUUAUUCACAAGCUCCUAACUAAAGCACUACUACGAGGAAAUAUAAAAAUAAAAUUACAAUAAAUCGAAAUGGGAUAGGGUAUUGUGAUGUAAAGUAUUAUUUUACAUUGAUCCUUAAGGUGGGAGGAGGAACAACUCCCAGAAGGCGUAAAAUGGCUGCACAUGGAGCACAAGGUAUGA